CUUCAAAAACAAACGAAAUGGGAGAUGUGACACCUUCAACAACAAAUGAAAUGGGAGAUGUGACACCUUCAACAGCAAACGAAAUGGGAGAUGUGAUACCUUCAACAACAAUCAAAAUGGGAGAUGUGGAUCCUUCAACAGUCAAAAUGGGAGAUGUGACACCUUCAACAACAAUCAAAAUGAGAGAUGUGACACCAACAAAAAUCAAAAUGAGAGAUGUGGCACCUUCAACGACAAUCAAAAUGAGAGAUGUGACACCAACAAAUAUCAAAAUGGGAGAUGUGGCACCUUCAACAACAAUCAAAAUGAGAGAUGUGACACCAACAAAAAUCAAAAUGGGAGACGUGGCACCUUCAACAACAAUCAAAAUGGGAGAUGUGACACCUUCAACUCCAAUCAAAAUGAGAGAUGUGACACCUUCAACUCCAAUCAAAAUGAGAGAUGUGACACCUUCAACUCCAAUCAAAAUGAGAGAUGUAACACCUUCGACUCCAAUCAAAAUGGGAGAUACAGAUCCUUCAACAACAAUCAAAAUGGGAGAUCUGACACCUUCGACUUUGGUCAAAAUGGAAGGUACACCACCUGAAAAUAUAUUGGAAAAGGUGGAUGAGACAGCUGAAAUACAGGAUGACAUGAUCAAUAUGACACCUCCAAGCAUGGCUGAAAUAAUGAUUGAGUUUCGAGAUGGCAUAUCUUCACCUAUAUGUCCACCAGAACCAAGGUCUUGCAAGAACAGAUGUAGUGAAGCUCCUUUACAGAAGCUAACUGAGUUCUUCUGUCAGUGUGAUGAUUACUGUGUCCUGUACAAAGAUUGUUGUCAUGACUACAGCAAAUUUUGUCUCCCUCCUGGUGACUCUGAUGAUUCAAGGAAAGUUGAAGACUCUACUGAAGCAGCAAUGGUCUCUGCUCCUGACUCACAUAAUGAACAAUACACAGGUAUAAUAUCACAAAUGAAAGCAAACAAUUCUACAGAAUCGGUACAUGGUAAGUUAUCUGAACUGCCAAUGCAUCCAUCAACAUCUGGUGAUGAACUGGGACAGAAAAUUCCUGACUCACACUCAGGACCAAAAAUGCUCGACCCACCCAUUGAACAGAUUCCUGAUCAACUUUUAGGAUCAAAAAUGCCCGACCCACCCCUUGAAGAGAUUCCUGAUCAAGUCUUUGGAUCAGAAAUGCUUGACACACCCCUUGAACAGAUUCCUGACCAACUUUUAGGAUCAAAAAUGCUUGACCAACCCCUUGAACAGAUUCCUGACCACUUUUCAGGAUCAAAAAUGCUUGACACACCUUCUGAACAGAUCCCUGACCAACUCUUAAGAUCAGAAAUGCUUGACCCACCAAUUGAACAGAUCCCUGACCAACUUUUUGGAUCAAAAAUGCUUGACUCACCUUCUGAACAGAUCCCUGACCAACUCUUAAGAUCAGAAAUGCUUGACCCACCCCUUGAACAGAUUCCUGACCACUUUUCAGGAUCAGAAAUGCUCAACCCACCCCUUGAACAGAUUCCUGACCACUUUUCAGGAUCAGAAAUGCUCGACCCACCCCUUGAACCGAUUCCCGGUCAACUAUUAGAAAUACUCGACCCACCCCUUGAAGAGAUUCUCGGUCAACUCUUAGUAUCAGAAAUGAUCGACCCACCCCUUGAACAGAUCCCUGACCAACUUUUAGGAUCAGAAAUGCUUGACCCAUCCCUUGAACAGAUUCCUGAUCAAGUCUUUGGAUCAGAAAUGCUUGCCCCACCCCUUGAACAGAUCCCUGACCAACUUUUGGGAUCAGAAAUGCUUGACCCACCCCUUGAACAGAUUCCUGAUCAAGUCUUAGCAACAAAAAUGUUUGACCCACUCGCUGGACAGAAAAUGCUUGACCAAAUAUUUAAUGAUGAUGAAUUAGCUUGCUUAAGAAUUUCAAAAUCACAGAGUGUUUAUGCGAGAUCAUUUUGCAGAGACCGCACUAACGAGCUUACAGUCGCUAAAUGUGAACAACCCCUUAUGGUAGACCCGAUUCACUUGACACCCGUCUAUGACUCAAAUGGAGUCAUAUAUAAGAACAUAUUUUGCGCGUAUUGCAAUGGUGCUAACAAAAUCAACUUCUGGAAAACAAAGGUAUCUUGUAAUAGCAACAACAAGGUAAAUACUCUUGAUUUGAGCCCAAAUGUUUUGUAUGAGAGUUUGUCAAAGCAGUCUGAUUGUUUUCAAGAAUAUAACAUUGAUAAUCAGAAUUUAUUUGCUAGACCUUGCUUUCAAACAACCCAUUGUACUGAAACAAGCAUAUAUUAUCAGGCAUGUAUUAAUGGUGGUUUAGCUCCAGUCUUUACUUUCAAUGCAGAAAGAAAAUCAAAACAGAAUGUUUUCAAAAAUGAACACUGUGCAAGUUGUUUUGGGGUUGAUGUUGCAUGUGGGCUUAUUGAUGAGGCAUUCAAUAAUGAUGCAUAUAAAGCAACCCAUCGGGGCAUUGAUGAAAACUUCUCAUAUGGGUUUACAAUGGACAUUCUUCCUAAUGGUGACACCACAUUCAUUGUUGAUGAUGUCACAGGUGGCUCUACAAGUCUAGCCAUGGAAUCAAAAUGCUCUCUGCAGUUUGAAUGCACCAUCAAAAAAUGCCCAGAAAAUUAUCGUAUCCAGGAUGGUAAUUGUGUUUUCAAUGGAUCUAUUGUACAAGUUGAAUUGCAUCUACAGGCAUAUCCUGAAACCAGUGGUAUUCAAAUGUUUUCAAGUCUCAUUGCAAAGGUUCAUUCAAUUUCUAAAAAGUUUUCUUCUAUCAUACCACUGUUUAGGUUAGAAUUAAUGGAUCAAUGUUGUUCUAAUGUGAAUAUGGAGCCUUGGAUGGUGUGCAGUAUUCAGUAUAAGAUAACAGUUCAGCUUAACAAUACAAUGACAUCAAUGGAAAGGACUGCUUAUUUCAAUGAAAAGAAAGAGGCAUUGCUUUUCGAGAUAACUAAUUUCACAAAUACUCCAUUUGUAGAGGUUAAUAUUAAGACUUCUGCACCUCCGUUUAAUUCUGGCCAACAUGUAAGUCCAGCCUACAGUUCAUCUAGUAAGUCCAUGCUAGAGUUGGGCACAUUGGUAGUAAUUCUAUUUAGUGUAAUGGACUCACUUACUAGUUAUAUUGGAUGACUAUGUGUAAGUGUGGGUGCGUAUACUAAUAUUGAUCUAAUAUAGAUCAUCUGGAAGUUUCAGUAUUGGACCUUAUACCAAACUUGACAAGGCAUCAACAUGACAAAAUGUCACCACCAAGUUAUUAGUUCAAUCUUAAGUCAGGUUUGAAUUUCUGAGAUCUUGUAGAUGAUUUUGAAAAAGAUUGGUGACAUUUGAAGCAAGUUAAAAAUACCUUUUUUGACCCUGAGAAGGUCAUUGAAGGUGAAAUCUCAAAUCUAAAGUCAGAUUUGAACUUCCUAGAACUUGUAGUUGAUUUCUAAAAAAUGGUCAAUUUGAAGCAAGUUGAAAAAUACCUUUUUGACCUUGAGAAGGUCAUUGAAGGUCAAAUCUAUAGUCAGAGUUGAAGUUUUGAGAGCUUCUAGAUGAUUUUGAAAAAGAAAAUUGGUCAAUUUGAAAAAAGACCCUUUUGACCUAAACAUUUCUCAAUAUUUCAAGCUUUUGGCAGUGUGCAAACACUAUCUCAACAGGGUGGCAUUAAUGUUUUAACUUUUCAACAUGCUACAGUACUCAGUUGCUCAUAUGCUUGGGAGAUUAAUGAUGAGAGAGUUCUACUUACACUAUUUUGUCUGUGCCAAGACUGGUUAAGUGACUCCUCAGUACUAUCUAUUGAGUCAACUCUGUCCGGCAGAGUCUUUUCAGAAUUGUUACUCUGAAAUAAAAGCAAAAAUAAUGCUAAUGAUUAUAUUAAAAAUUCGGAGGUUAAUCUAUUUGAAAAUCCUAAAAUUAAAUGGUAAAAAAAUGUGGACUGAAUACAAUUUCUAUUUCAAAUGAAUCUAAGAAUAUAGGAGGGUUUGUUAUGGUAGGUUUUGGAUAUGGUGUAUAUACACUGUAUAUGGAAAUAUAUAUUUCUUACUAAGGGUCCAUAUGGCCCAAGGUAAGAUAGCAUAAUUCCUGAGGGAUAUACCCCAUAUUCAAAACCGAGCUGACAGGGGUUUCAAUAGCAGCAGGCAACAGGCGAUUUUCACAGGUUGUUUUCACAAAAUCACCUGUUGUUUUUAGGGACUUAUGAUUUCCAUUAAUUUUGCCUGUUGUUUUCAUUUAUUUAGCGUGUUGUGAAAAAUUCUAGUGACACCCCUACGAGCAUCACAUAACUGAUUUAUCCUAUGACAAGUGAGGAUUCACAAGUGGACACCCAUAUGCAGGUUUGUUUUCUUUAAGGAUGCAGUACCAGGUCAGCGUAGAGAAAGUUCCAGACAUUAGAUUUUGCUCAUAUUUGUCACAAUGUAUCACUAUGAUGUUAUCAUCAUUCAAGUGCAAUAUGAAGAGGAUUGACCGUCUGGUAAUUACAAAACAAGGCAUUAACAUGACAAAAUGUCACCACCUAGUUGCUCACAAUAUUAUGAGUUCAAACUUAAGUCAGAUUUGAAUUUCUGAGAACUUGUAAAGUCAAAUUUGAACUUCUGAAAAGAUGUAGAUGAUUUGAAAAUUUUUUUUAGUCAAUUUGAAGCAAGUUGAAAACAGACCUUUUUGACCUUGAGAAGGUCAUUAAUGGUCAAAUGUCAAAUCUAAAGUCAGAUUUGAAUUUCUGAGAACAUGUAGAUGAUUUUGAAAAAAAAAAUUAGUCAAUUUGAAGCAAGUUGAAAAAAGACCUUUUUGACCUUGAGAAGGUCAUUAAAGGUCAAAUGUAAAAUCUACAGUCAGAUUUGAAUUUCUGAGAACAUGUAGAUGAUUUUGAAAAAAAAAUUAGUCAAUUUGAAGCAAGUUGAAAAAAGACCUUUUUGACCUUUUUUGACCUUGAGAAGGUCAUUGAAGGUCAAAUGUCAAAUCUAAAGUCAUAUUUGAAUUUCUGAGAACAUGUAGAUGAUUUUGAAAAAAAAAUUAGUCAAUUUGAAGCAAGAUGAAAAAAUACCUUUUUGACCUUUUCUGACAUUGAGAAGGUCAUUGAAGGUCAAAUGUCAAAUCUAAAGUCAGAUUUGAAUUUCUGAGAACAUGUAGAUGAUUUUGAAAAAAAAAUUUAGUCAAUUUGAAGCAAGUUGAAAAAAGACCUUUUUGACCUUUUUUGACUUUGAGAAGGUCAUUGAAGGUCAAAUGUCAAAUCUUAAGUCAAAUCUAAAGUCAGAUUUGAAUUUCUGAGAACACGUAGAUGAUUUUGAAAAAUUUUUUUAGUCAAUUUGAAGCAAGUUGAAAACAGACCUUUUUUGACCUUGAGAAGGUCAUUGAAGGUCAAAUGUCAUAUCUUAAGUCAAAUCUUAAGUCGGAUUUGAAUUUCUGAGAACACGUAGAUGAUUUUGAAAAAAAAUUUAGUCAAUUUGAAGCAAGUUGAAAACAGACCUUUUUGACCUUUUUUGACCUUGAGAAGGUCAUUGAAGGUCAAAUGUCAAAUCUAAAGUCAGAUUUGAAGGUCAAAUGUCAAAUCUAAAGUCAGAUUUGAAUUUCUGAGAACAUGUAGAUGAUUUUGAAAAAAAAUUUAGUCAAUGUGAAGCAAGUUGAAAAAAGACCUUUUUGACCUUGAAAAGGUCAUUGAAGGUCAAAUGUCAAAUCUAAAGUCAGAUUUGAACUUCUGAGAACAUGUAGAUGAUUUAGAAAAAAAUUGAAGUCAGUCUAAACAGUAUUUGUUAAGUUAUAGGAAGUUGUAAGAAAUUGUUACAGACGCCGGACGCCAACCGCCAGACG